UCUUCCUUUUCUUUAAAUAAUCAUCCGACAAUAACAAUGAAGUCGUCAAUUAUGCUUUCCUUACUACUCUCACUUCUACUUUUCUCCUUUUCAAAUGCAGCCAUGGAUCCCGAUUCAGUUUAUCAGUCAUUUCUCCAAUGUCUCCCUUCACAAUCACCGGAAUCUGACCACAAUCUCUCCUCCAUCCUCUACAGCUCCACCGCCAAUUCCUCCUCUUACACCGCCGUCCUCCAAGCUUACAUAAAAAACAACCGCUUCAACACCACUGCAACGCCUAAACCCUCCAUUAUUAUAACUCCGACAACCGAAUCCCAAGUGCAAGCCGCUGUUCUUUGCGCUAAAAAAAUCGGUGUUCAGAUUAAGAUUCGUAGCGGUGGUCAUGACUACGAAGGAAUCUCAUAUGUCUCAUCGGAGCCUGAUUUCAUCAUACUUGAUAUGUUCAAUUUCCGGUCGAUUGACGUCAAUAUUGCCGAUGAAAGUGCGGUUGUCGGAGCAGGAGCACAGUUGGGAGAACUUUUUUAUAGGAUUUCGGAAAAGAGUAAAGUUCACGGGUUCCCUGCCGGAGUUUGUCCGACGGUCGGUGUCGGUGGGCAUUUAAGCGGUGGCGGUUACGGAACCAUGCUUCGUAAAUAUGGAUUGUCUGUGGACCACGUUACUGAUGCCAGAAUUGUUGAUGUUAACGGACGGAUUUUGGAUAGAAAAUCAAUGGGGGAGGAUCUUUUCUGGGCGAUACGCGGCGGCGGUGGCGGCAGUUUUGGUGUUAUAUUAUCUUACACUGUGAAAUUAGUUCCGGUGCCGGAGGUCAAUACCGUAUUCCGGAUAUUGAAAACGGUGGCAGAAAACGCGACGGAACUUGUUUAUAAAUGGCAGACGGUUGUGCCUAACAUCGAUGAUGAUUUAUUUGUUAGAGUUUUGUUACAGCCGGUGACGGUGAAUCGCCGGAGAACAGGUCGGGCUACAUUCAUAGCACAUUUCUUGGGUGAUUCCGAUAGAUUGGUGGCUUUGAUGAACAAAAACUUCCCGGAAUUGGGUUUGAGAAAAGAAGAUUGUAUCGAAGUAAGUUGGAUUGAGUCAGUACUUUACUGGGCCAACUUCGAUCUCAACACGACGGCGCCGGAGAUCCUCCUUGACCGCCACUCCGACAAUGUUAAUUACGGAAAACGAAAGUCCGAUUACGUACAAACUCCGAUUUCAGAAUCUGGGUUGAAAUCAAUCUUCGACAAACUGGUCGAAUUGGGUAAAGUUGGCUUCGUUUUCAACCCCUACGGCGGGAAAAUGUACGAGAUUCCGGCCGACGCAACCCCAUUCCCUCACCGCGCCGGCAACCUUUUCAAAAUACAAUAUUCCGUCAACUGGAACGACCCUGAUCCCGAAUUGGAGGCAAACUACUUGAAUCAAAGCAGAGUUAUGUACGAGUUCAUGACACCAUUUGUAUCAAAGAAUCCAAGAGGUGCAUUCCUGAACUACAGAGAUCUUGACAUCGGGGUGACCUCCGGCGACGGGAAGAACAGUUACAGUGAAGGUGUGGUUUACGGCGAGAAGUAUUUCAUGGGAAACUUCGAAAGAUUGGUGAAGAUAAAGACGGAAGUUGAUCCCGAUAACUUCUUCAGAAACGAACAAAGUAUUCCAACUCUCGCCGGAAAAAGCUCAGUUGGAUCCACUGGUUACUGUGAGGAAGCAAUUAAGAUGAUGAAGAUUGGGAUAUUGUUGCCAUGGAUGUGCCAGAUGCUAUUGGGUUGACUUUGACUCGGAGGACGUGUGUUCCGUGAUCAUCGUUUGGAAAGAGGUAACAUCAUAGGUCCGACAAUGUGUUUUACGUAUGAAAAAAUGUCGUUAUCAUACAUUUAAUUUAUGUUUGAAUAUUUCCGUUAUUGUGAAAACGAAAAAUCAAUCAUUGAUAUGAUUUUCAUUUGUUGUUUUCAAACUUCCAAAUGAAAAUAUUAUUUUGUUAUGAA